AUGGAGUUCGCCACAGGGGCGAUGAGCUCUCUCCUCCCCAAGCUUGGGGAGAUACUCCUAGAGGAGUACAACAUGAAGGAGAGUGUGAAGAAGGGGAUUGGAGACCUCAAGGCUGAGCUCGAGAGCAUGCAGGGAGCUCUUGUGAAGGUAUCCAGCGUGCCCCUGGAUCAACUUGACCCACAGAUCAAGAUAUGGGCUAACGAGGUUAGGGAGUUGUCCUACGCCAUUGAAGACAAGCUCGACUCCUUCAGGACGCGUGUUGAUGGUGUUGAAACAACCAAGCCCAAAAUGAAGCACUUGUUGAAGAUGGUCCGCAACAAGUGCACCAAGUUCAAGGCGCGCCAUGAAAUAGCCAAUGACAUCAAAGGUAUCGAGAGCCAAGUUAGGCAGAUCAAGGAACGGUAUGAUAGAUACAAGAUCGAGGACGUUGUUGCUAAUGUUGCAACAACUACUGUUGACCCUCGUCUCUCAGCUCUAUACAGCAAGGCAUCCGACCUUGUUGGUACUGAUGAGCCAAUUGAAGAGGUAAUGAAGGUCUUGUCCGAGGGUGUUGACACGUCCCCAAAAAACACCAAGAUAGUCUCCAUUGUUGGAUUUGGAGGUUUGGGCAAGACCACCCUUGCAAAAGCAUUAUAUGACAAACUUAGUGAUACAUACCAGUGUCAAGGUUUUGUUCCAGUUGGUCAGAACCAAGGCACGAAGAAAGUUCUCAGGGACAUCCUCCUUGAACUUGACAUGGAGCUGUACAAAGCUGCAGCAACAAUGGAUGAAAGGCAACUGAUCAACCAGUUGCGAAAAUUCCUUGCAGGCAAGAGGUACUUUAUAGUUAUUGAUGACAUAUGGGACAUUCCAACAUGGGAAAUCAUAAAGUGUGCUUUCGUGGAUAGUCACCCAGAAAGUAUAUUUAUCAUAACUACUCGUAUUGUUGAUGUUGCCACAAGAGCCGGUGGUAUCUACCGCAUAAAACCGCUUUCCGGUGACAACUCCAAAUUGCUAUUCUAUACAAGAACAUGUGGUGAAGAACCAAGUCACGAUAACCAACCUGAUGAAGUGACUAACAAAAUCUUAAAGAAAUGUGGUGGUGUGCCAUUAGCUAUCAUUACAAUAGCUAGUCUGCUUGUUGGUAAGCCAAGUGCAGAUUGGUCUAAGGUGUAUGAUGCAAUUGGUUUUGGGGAUGAAGACAGUGAAGUCAUUCAGAACACAAGAAAAAUAUUAUCUUUCAGCUAUUAUGACCUAAGACCCUAUCUGAAGACAUGUUUACUGUACCUAGGCAUGUAUCCUGAAGAUAAAUUUAUGCAGAAAAAAUCUUUGAUAUGGAGGUGGGUUUCUGAGGGAUUUGUGCCGGAUAAGCAAGGCAUUGGCUCAUAUGAGCUAGGUGAGAGCUAUUACAAUGAGCUAGUGAACAAAAGUUUGAUUCGUGAGGUAGAGUACAGAUUUGAAGAAGGUUGUUGUCUUCAUGAUAUGGUGCUAGAUCUGAUCCGCACCAUGUCAACGGAAGUAAAUUUUGUUACAGUACAAGAUACAAGAGAGAAUCACAUCACUCCAUCACCAAACGGACAAAGCAAUAGAGUUCAUAGGUUAGCUCUCCACCGAUCAAAAGUGGAGCACAAUCCUGGCAUAAAUAUGGGACAUGUGCGGUCAUUUAAUGCUAUCACGUGUACUGAUAGUGGGAUCCCCCCGCUUUCGGUCUUUAAAGUAUUACGUGUACUAGUAAUAGAGGAAUGUGAUUUUCUUGAAGCUCAUAGUCUUGAGCAUCUUGGGAAGUUGGUCCAACUAAGGUAUCUAGGACUGGUGAAGACAACUGUCAAGCUCCCAGAAGGAAUAGGAGAAGAUCUAAAGUUUCUUGAGGUUUUGGACAUAAGGGGAGGUUUGAUCAGCGAGUUGCCAUCGUCGGUUUGUGAGCUAAAGAAUUUGAGGUGCUUGCAGGCCGAUGAGGGUACAAUAAUGAAGGGCAAGAUAGGGAAACUAACUUCACUUGAAGAUUUGCGAGUACGUUCUGUGGAGAAGUUCCCAAACUUCUUCAUGGAGUUGGGGAAGCUGACAAACCUGAGGGUGCUCGAAAUCCAGUUCGGCAAAUGUGAGGAGACUGCAGGCAAGGCUCUAGCAGGGUCGCUGUGCAACCUGCACAAGAUCCAAAGUCUGAUUAUUAGGAGGUUUGAGCUCAAUGAAUUCAUGGAUUUGUAUGAAACAAAAUUCAUUGUCCGUGUUGACAGCCUAGAAGACUUGGCCCUCGACACAAAGCUCCGCUUUUUGUCUCUGACCGGCAUAAUUAUGCCGAGGGUGCCGCCGUGCUUCAAUUCUUUGCGUGUUCCGCUCCUCUCUCAGCUGUGGCUGCAUGUGGAAGUUGUAGAAGCUCAGGAUCUGCAAACCCUAGGAAGAUUGUCAUCACUCCUCGACCUGUUUCUCGAGAGUGAGGAACAAAAGCGAAUAUUAUAUACCUUUGGUUGCCAUGAGUUCAAGAAACUGAAACACUUGAGCACGAACAUAGAAAUCACUCUUGGAGAAGGCGCAUUGCCAAGGCUUCAAAUGUUGUCAUACUGUGCCAGCGUUGGAAGAAAGGACAGCCUUGUGCCAUGGAAUAAUAGAUGUCCUUUACUUGAGGGAGUCACAUGUCGGCUUGACUGCGCUAACAGCACCUUCGGGGAAUUGAAAGCAGCGAAGACAGUACUGUGGAAAGCCGAGAGAAUCCAUCCCAAUUCUAAGAAUCUUGACCUUUAUAUAGAAAGAGAGAACUACGACCGGAAAGCAGCUCGGCUCAUUGAUGCACUCAGGUCAAUCCUACAUGAAUUGGACAGGCCCGAUGAGGAAGACAUUACUGCAGAUCAAAGAGAUAUACAUCGCAUGAUUAAAUCACUGGAGACCUUGUUACGUGACGCAGCCGAGCCUCGAGUCGGGAGGUAUGGCGAAGAAGAGCUGCCAGGCAUCGUCACCAAAUUGAAGACUUGGUUGCAUGACCAUGCUGGUGCCGACCAAGAAGAAGAGACGGACGACAGUGAUGUCACAUACAGCUCCGACUACACUGACAUCGACGACGACGACUAUGAUGAUGGAGCAAAAAGAGUUGCCACAGGCACUGGUGUUCAGGAAGGAGCACCGAGCCAACCUUGAACGGCACUAUGCAUUUCUCUUGCUUCACUCAGGCCAUCAAAAGCUGGUACACUAUACCCGCC